AUGAAAUUACUCGUGGUGGCUGUGAUAAUUCACGUACUCUUUUUACUAUCCAUUUUCUACAUCCAUUUCCAAUCGCCGAUACUGAAAGGGCUUCCGGAUGGAGCAGAACACGAUCAACCACCGGCCGAUAGGUUGGUGCUAUUCGUUGGGGACGGUUUGAGAGCCGAAUCAUUUGUUAAGCACAAUCUAAACCGUACCAACUUUCUGAGGAAUACUCUACUCGCCGAGGGUGUGUUUGGAAUAUCGAGUACCCGUGUGCCAACGGAAUCACGACCAGGACAUGCCGCUCUAUUGGGUGGCGUUUACGAAGAUCCAAGUGCCGUUUUUCGUGGAUGGAAAGAGAACCCGGUCGAGUUCGAUUCCGUACUUAAUCGUUCCACCGUCAGCUAUUGCUGGGGUAGUCCCGAUAUAGUGCACAUGUUUUCCCGUGGAGCCACACCCGGUCGAGUGCACGUGGCCGCGUACGAUAGUAAUGAUGAAAGUUUCGCCCAAUCCGCCAACACCUCACUGCUGGACAUUUGGGUGUUUGAUCGGGUACGGCAGUUUCUGGCCAGCAAACAAACGGAAAGGGAGAUUUUGUCGCAGAAGAAGGUUAUUCUAUUUCUACAUCUACUCGGACUGGAUACGGCGGGGCAUGUUCACAAACCGCAUUCCGAAUUAUUUACAGAAAAUCUUAUUACUGUGGACAAAGGAAUUGAAUCGAUCGUGAGACUGGUAGAGCAAGCCACAGCGCAUGAUGGGCGGACUGCGUAUAUCUUUACAUCUGACCACGGUAUGACGGAUCAAGGAUCGCACGGUGCAGGAGAUCCGCUAGAGACGGAUACGCCUUUUCUGGCGUGGGGUGCCGGUUUUAAGCAUUGGAAGGAGACAAUUCCCGUACCGGACAAUGGGUAAGUGUGGAAACGCGUUUCCUUUUGUGUGGUAGCGUUGUUAACCCGUUCCCUUUCAUUUAGUCUCGUGCUGGAGCUGAACAAGCAGCGCAUCCCAGUGCAUCGCAUAAAUCAAGCGGAUGUUGCACCCCUUAUGUCGGCCGUACUGGGUAUAAGUGUACCAAAGAACAGUCUAGGACGGUUACCUCGGUCCCUGUUGAACGUUUCAGAGGAGUAUGCAGCCUGGGCGAUGCGUAACAAUGCAGACCAACUACUCGCCCAGUACCACCGCUGGCAACGGAAAUCCGAGGGCAAAAUGUUGCAAUGGUUAGAGAGCACAAAGCAAACGAGCUUUAAGGUGUUGAUAGAAGCACUGCAGACCGAGAUAGGCGAUGCAACAUACCGGAAACAAUACACAGAAGUGCAAUCAUUGUGUAAAAUGUUGAUCGAUACAACGCUAAACGCCAUCGAAUACUUCCAAAGCUACUACAAACCUCAUCUGUUCGUGGCACUUACACUGACCAUGUUCGGAUGGUUAUUGCUGCUUGCUAAGGAAACUUUUGCUCCAUCGAAAAGCCGUGUCUUUUUGCUCAGUCGAUCCGUUGCAUUUACAGCUGUGAUAUUGGCGCUUUUUGUGGUGCUUUUCAACAUUGCACAAGACACACCAUCCGUGGUAAUAUUGUACUUUGUCAUUCCCAUCACACUUUGGGGCUACAUUGGAUCUCAUUGGCGAGCAUAUGCUCCACUGUUGCGCGGGAAAGCCGUAAUGUAUGGUGCCGGAUUCAUCGUCGUAGCAGAAGCAUUGGUAUUUGCAUUUUUAGAUCGACGAAUUUUAACUCCUUUGCUGUGGAUUCAUUGUCUAAUCGUGAUAAAACCAAUGCUGACAGAAAAAGGAAAUGGGUUCAAUGGAAGCAGAUCCAUAGUACUGCAGUGGAUAGUUUGUAAUCUUCUGCUAUCCGGAUUUUUCUUGCUUCCCACCAUCGGGCGUGAUAAUUCAAACGUUUUCCUAUUGUGCCUUUCCAUUAUUGUUUGGACCAUAACCAAUACGGUGGUUGCGAAUGGAUCGAAACAAUCUUCAAUCUACAAAGCCAUUGCUUUGCUAGUGCAAACACUGCAAGCAUUAAAUUUAUUCUUUCUAAUUUAUCUAAUCGAACGGUCAUCGAUCACCGUUCCACAGUGGAGUCGAUCGUUGUGCUGGAUCUUUUCCGCCUCCGGAUUGCUAUUACCAUUCUGCACGACUACAUCCAUUCCACAGCGCAUUCUAGCAUUGUUCAGCGGUUUAAGUGGACCAUACAUGAUGCUUUCACUAUCCUACGAACCGUUGUUUUUGCUUUGUCUCUGCUACACACUCUACCUGUGGCUUAGUGUGGAAAACAGUACACGCAACAAGCGGAUAAAGCUGGAUGGAUUCUAUUUUUCCUCCUCUUAUCACACGGAAGGGAACGGAAUUGAUUUUGCACAGACACGACGUACUUUUGGCUUUGUAUGUACCCCAUGAUGGAGCUCAAACUCGAUCUCGAUGCUGUAAAUGUGAUCCAUUUUAUCAUUUCAGAUGCUUUUUCUGCUUGCUUCCUUCUUCGGGACGGGCAAUCUAGCAACGGUUAGCUCGUUCGACCCGAACUGGGUGCGGUGCUUUGUGAGCACCUUUUCACCGUUCACGAUGAUGGCACUGAUUGUGCUGAAGCUGCUCAUACCGGUGCUUUUGCUGGUGUGCGUUUUGAAAGCGAUGGGUAUCGUAUGUUCGGUACAAAAGACGAAACUGUUUAGCCUCACACUGAUCGUGUGCGACUGGAUGUGCUUGAACUUCUUUUUUCUUGUCCGGAACGAAGGCUCGUGGAUGGACAUAGGAUCUUCCAUCUCGCACUUUGUAAUACUGGAAUGUACGACGAUCGUAGUUAUGAUGCUGUACGAAUUCGCACGUCUCGUCACGGAAGUAUCGCUAGCUUCGAAAAACAGCUCCGAAGCGCGCAAACAUUUGCAGGAAGAUUUCAUCUUAUCCCACAAUUUGCCAUACUCCAAUAAAGAAAGAAUUGAGUAG